GGAUUUCAUUUGGGAAUCUUAAAAAAAUAUAAAUCCGUUGGAAGAAGAAAAGAAAUACGUCGUUGUAUCGGCGAUCGAUGAUCCCGUGUGUCUCUGGGCUCAAAACGCAGCGUUUAGUGCUCCGAUCACCGCGUUGAGUGAGUAGAGAAGAAUGAACGACGAGAAAGGGGAGGAAGAAGAUGAGAGAAGGGAAGUAGCGAUAGCAUCACUACCAUCAUUGACGCCCAAUCUCAAGCCUGCAGGUGUUACCCAUGACCAGCUCUCCAAAUUCCGAGAACUGCACAGGAGACGUUUACAAAUAAAAUCGAAAUCAAAGAUUCACAAGAAAACAAAAGAUAGGACCAGCCAGUGCCACGGCAAGGACCUUAUAACUGAAAAAAUUGAAGACAACAAUUCGAGUAUAGAAACUGAAUACUCGUGUGGUCCCGGCUUGAGAAACAACAGCGCUAAUGACUGUUGCUCGAUAACAAUGAACAAUAAAGCACCGCCUCUUGCAUCAAAGAAGCCUCAGAAGUUACACUGGGGACUUGAUACCAAGGAAAGGUGGGAGAGGAAAGCUAACAUGUAGACAUCACCAUGAAGUGAAAUUGCAGGAUGCCGAAUCACAAAAAGCUGAAGUUUGUCUCUGAGGUGCGUGAGAGUUAGAACUAAAGAUGCUUUUAGCUUCGGUGAUUAUACCAAACUGUCUUCGCAUGGAGAAGGAAAAUCCACCCUGCAGCUUGUAGUAAAUCCUGUAGAAAAUGCAUUUACACUUUCAGAUCCAACAUGGAAGUUGUAUAAUCCUUCGUCUAGAGUGAAUGAAUAUUGAAAAUGUUGAAAGGAAAUCGAAGAGCACGACAUUGCAUUUGGUUUAAA